CGCGAAUCUCCGGCUUCUCCAGCGCCGCGCAUACAGCUCCGCGUAUAGGCUCCAGCAGUUGUUGUUCGCGAGCGAGGAGGAGAGAAAGAUCGGCGCUGCGGCCGGACUUCUUUCAAAGGGCAUUAUAAUUUCAGUUUUCAAGGACGCGCCGCCAUUCGUGCUCCGUGUAGUAGCAGUAGUAGUAGUAGUAGUAGUAGUACGCUAGCAGCGCAACUCUCGUGGACAAAGCGCUCGAUACUUGUACUCGAGCCGACUUACAAGUAUCCGUGCAGAUAGUUUUUCUUUUCUUUUUCUAUAUUCGCGCCCGUCGGGAAAGCCGAACGUCGCAUUUUCUCGACGACGAGCCAUGCAUGUCGAGCGCGCGGGAGUGCGACGGUAAAAGAAGGGAGAGGGAAAGGAAAAUACUACGCGCGCCAGCGUCCAGCAGUUUUGCGCUCUGUUCCACAGUUCGGAGGAGAGUAUAUACGUGGUAUAAUGGUGCGAGUGUCGUCGUGGUCGGCUGUGUGCCGCGAGCGUUCGUGUUUUCCUGCGCGAUGGCGUCGCGGGCUUUCUCUCUCUCUCUCUCUCUCUCUCUCUCUCUCUCUCUCUCUCUCUCUCUCUCUCUCUCUCUCUCUCUCUCUCUCACUCCGUUCACCCGCGAUACGUAUUUUCGUUCCUCUCUCGAAACAGUGCCUCGCCGAAGUCCUCACCCUUUGCCGCUCUGUGGAUCCAAAGCUCAACGAGUCUUCCUCGAGAAGAAAUCAAAGCGCAGUUUUUUAGUGCUGCGACGACGCGCGUCAGUGCGACGAGAGAUCGUAACCCGCGGUGUGCGGCUCUGCAGUCAGGCACCGGGGCCAAGAAGUCCAGAUCUCGAAGAUAGCGGCCCAAGCGGAUGCAAAGAAGAGGAGGCGCGUUCCCCGCAGACCGGCGAAUGCACGUUGCCUCCGCUCGAACCCAACAACACGACCACAGCCACGCAGCUCACCUCCACUCAGUCCGGCAAGAUUCUGUCGACCUUUGGCACGAAGAUCUCGACAUGGGUGAACAACAAAAAGAUGAGGUAUCUCAUCAGACGCGCCGGUCCUCACGUACCCAAGGACGCCAGAUACAUGUUCGAAUUGCUAAAGUCAACGUCGGACAUACGAACCCGCGCCUGUCGAAGCAUCGGCCAGCGGAUCAACGCCGUAUGGGCUGAGCAGAAGAAGGACGAUAUGCUCGUUACCUGGAACGUACGUACAAAGCAGCAGAAAUCCUACAGGACCUGGGGGCGAGUUUGCUUCGACUCGGAGAACAAGCAGAGCAAUCCUACGGCCAUGCUUGAAGGAUGCAGAAAGCCUCCCAAGUCUAACAACGUCGACGCCAAGCUGUGGCCCCUGGUGGAACUGGAUGUGAGCGAUCUUCGCGAGUGUUGUUUGUUCCCCGGACAGAUCGUAGCAGUCGAAGGUCUGAAUCUAACCGAGAGCUUGAUGAAGGUUCACGACAUAUUCACCAGCGGUUUCAUACCUGCGGCAAAUCCACCUAGCCUGGUCGAUGAAUUGAAGAUAAUAGUCGCAGCCGGCCCUUUCACCCACUCGAAUGAUCUGGAUUAUCGGCCUCUGUGGGAGCUAAUGGACAAAGUUGCGGAAGACGAGCCUCAUUUGUUGGUCCUCAUUGGCCCCUUCCUCGACUAUAAUCAUCCGAACUUUCAAGACGACGAGCUUGUUGUCCCGUACCAAGAAUAUUUCGACCGCCUGAUAUCUAGAGUUAAAAGUUAUCUCGCUGGAAAAUGUACUCAAGUUGUGUUGGUAGCGUCAAACCGGGAUGCGCAUCAUCAUCCAGUGUACCCUACUCCAGAGUAUUCACUACAUAAAUCUGUACAGAGUCCGGAUAUCCAUGUUUUACCUGAUCCGUGCACUCUGGAUAUCAAUGGCUUGAGGCUCGGUAUUACGUCUAUUGAUUGUCUAAUGCAUCUUGCGCGAUCAGAAGUAGCUUUAACACAAUCCAGCCCAGACAAACUAACUCGAUUGGGAAAUUACAUUUUGAAUCAAGCCUGUUAUUAUCCAUUAUAUCCGCCUGCUAAGGAAAUUAACGUUGAUUCUGAAUUAUGGGAAAAGUAUGCUUUUCUCAAUGAAAAACCUCACGUGCUAUUUUUACCAUCAGACAUGAGACACUUUUGCAAAUCAAUCAAUGAUUCCGUAAUAUUGAACCCUGAAAGACUGAGCAAACGUACAUAUGCCAGGAUGCAUAUCGAACCUCCUAUGGGAAAUGGUUGGUCGAAAGAUAAUAUAACAUGCGAAAUAAUCAAAAUGUAAAUAUACAGUUUUUUGUACAGUAUUUAUUGUUAUUCUAAGCUGCGUGUAAAUUUAGUUUUUAUAAUAAAUAUUUACUGAUAAUAUCAAAUAA